AUGCUUGUUUGGCUUCCUGCUCCUACUGUUUCACUUCGACCUCCUCUUACUGUCAGUGCGGGGCGUCUUGCUAAGUUCUUCUAUGGGUGUCCUGAUAAUGCUUUUCAGGUAGCUUUGGCUGGAACAUCUUACUCACUCUUACAGAGAAUAGGUGCAAUAGUGAGAAAUGGAGCUAAACUAUUUGCAGUCGGGACUGGUGCAUCUCUGGUUGGUACGGGUGUAACAAAUGCAUUGAUUAAUGCACGAAAAGCUAUCGAUAAAUCUUUUGCUGGUGAAGCAGAGGAUGUUCCCAUAUUAUCAACUAGUGUAGCCUAUGGAGUUUAUAUGGCAGUUUCUAGCAAUCUAAGGUACCAAGUUCUCGCUGGAGUAAUCGAACAACGAAUUCUAGAACCCUUGCUACACCAACACAAGAUUAUACUGAGUGCAAUUUGCUUUGCUGUUCGAACAGGCAACACAUUCUUGGGGUCCUUGAUGUGGGUUGAUUAUGCACGGUGGGUUGGAAUUCAAAAGAUACGAGAUUAG